AUGGCAAAUGCCAUCACAGCAACAGAGGUGUUCAACUUUCUAAAGAUGAUCGGUGGGCUGCCAUCGUUAUCUCUGUUUGUGGGAUACAUGAUGACGUUUUUUAUAUCCGGGCUGUGGCAGCGAUGGACAGCGCCAUUCGAUGUGAAAUCGGCUGUGAUCGUCCACCAUUUCGCGUGUUGCCUGGCCAGCGCUGUUGCCUUCUGUGGUUUCUGCUACUGCCUGUUCCAGUAUGGUUCAAUAUAUGGCAGAACACCUGAUGCUUUGCUAGAACAAUUUUUCAAGUUGUAUUGGAUAAUAAAGACAUUUGAACUGCUGGACACAGUUUUUAUGGUGUUGUGUCACCAACAGCCUCAGAUUUCAUAUUUCCAUGUGUAUCAACAUGCCAGUUUGCUGCUGCUUUCCGAUAUGGCCAGAUUAUUCUACCCGUGGCAGUCAAUUGCAGCAUUCCUCACAGUAAACUCUUUGGCCCAUUUCUUUCAGUACCUAUAUCUUGGGCUCUCGCAUGUGAAUCCAAAUGAAGCCUCAGAGUGGAGGAAGACUGCAGCCCAAGUACAGCUGUUUCAGCACUUUGUCAUCCUGUUUCUGGCAGUCAAUGGUUACCGACAUCGCAACUUCUGUGCUUACUGCGUUGGCUAUGCAACCAGCCUGCUUGUGUUAUGUUUAAAUUUUUAUUUUCAUGAGUUUUUCAAGCGACCACCUCCCAGAAUAGAUUUACGAAGGAGACAAUAA